AUGGCGGAGGAGAAGCCUUCGGUGCUGAUUAUCGGAGGGUUGGGAUACAUCGGCCGCUUCCUCGCAACCCACAUCCACACGCACGCCCUCGCGUCCACGCUCCGCGUCAUCGACAAGCAGCUCCCGCAACUCGCCUCCCUCGCCCCCGAACACGAACCCGCCUGCUCCCCCAACUUCCUACAAGCCGACGCCUCGCGCGAAGCCUCGCAGGCUCGCAUCUUCGAUCUUCCACCAACCGCUUCUGGCGCACAGCGGCAGUUUGAUUAUGUGUUCAACUGCGGGGGUGAGACGCGGUUCUCGCAGGAAGAUGAAGUGUACAAACUCCGCUCGUACCAGUUGAGCUUGACCGUGGGGAAGGAAGCGGCGAAGAGGGGGGUCAAGGCGUUUGUCGAGUGCAGUACGGGACAAGUGUAUAAUCCCUCGCGGAGCCCGCAGAAGGAGACGGAUAAGACGAGUAAGCCGCACACGAAGCAGGCGAAGUGGAAGUUACAGGCCGAAGAGGAUCUGGCGAAAAUCCCCGGGCUACGGUUGGUGGUGUUGAGACUCCCGCAUGUAUAUGGACCGUACGCGGGACGCUGGCUAGGGACGCAGUUGGCGCUGGCGAGGGUGUAUCAGAGCCGCGAGCCGAAGGAGACGAUGAAGUGGCUGUGGAGCAGCGAACUACGGACAAACACCCUCCACGUCGAAGACACCUCGCGGGCACUCUGGAUGGCGGCCGAAUGGCGUUCCAAAAACGACCGUCUCCCCUCCGGCCACUCCGGCCCCACCGACCGCAUCGUCUUCAACGUCGUCGACCGCGGCGCGACCUCGCAAGGUUCCAUGGCCGCGAUAAUCCGACAGAUCUUCAACAUCGAAACAGGCUUCCAGAAUACUCUCGUCAACGCCUUCGCGAAGAUGAAUCUGGAGCAUGUAGUCGAUGACGUGAACGACGACACGCUGGACGACUGGGCGGACCUGCAGGAAGCGGCGGGUGUGCGGGAUAACGGGAGUCCGUUGAGUCCGUUUAUGGAGAAGGAGUUGCUGCGGGAUGCGGAUUUGAGCGUGGAUGGGGGGCGGUUUGAGGGGGUGGUGGGGUUUAGGUGA